UUAUUCACCGUCCCAUUCACUUGUUCCUCCUCCAUCUCAUUCUCCAGAGCCAAGCAGCAUUGUCCGCGAUAUUUCUCUUCUAAAAAUCUAUUAACACACAUGGCUUUCAACCAGAGACGUGCCUCGAUAACAAGCUCGUCCUCAUUUGCCGCCACUGUGAAUCCACGACGUCAAAGCUCCUGUGGAUACAUCACAGCUGGUACAGGGGGUCUGCCAUCAGUUCAUAACGCCGCCACAAACCUUAAUACCAACCAUCACCAUAACAACGCUUCCAAGCGCCAGAACGGGCUCCACAACAUGAAUCCAUUCCAAAGCUCUCAGCACCGGGAUCAAUCACUUAAGGCUCGGAUCGCUCGUACAUGUCCCCUGCUUAUACAUGGAACGCCCCGUAGAAGACGCGCCAUGUUAAUUAUGAUCUGUGCAGGAGGCAUGAUCAUUUUAAUCUAUUUUUUAUCCGUCUUGGAUAUCAAAAUCUCGCUAACCACAGUCUUCAGUCGUUCCUCAGCUUUGCAAUUACAACAACGUUCCCACGGCGAAACCAUGCCAUUAUCACAACAAAAGCCAGAACUCUCAUACAAAAACCCCGAUGGUACUGACAUGGACCCUAAAUCUAUCUUUAUGAUUCGCGAUUUUGGGUCACCUUUAUGUCUAAAGGCAUUUGAGAGGCUUGAACACACGUUACCGCAGGAAAUUAGACAAGAAAGGGAGCAGCUCCGUAACCAAGAGUGGAAGAAUCUUUCGAAACAAGACGCAUAUACCUUGUCUCUAGCCUGGAAACGCAAUCUUAAGCAGAACCUUCCAAAUUGGAAAGAAUUCAGCCAUGGAUGGGUUGGUCAAGGUGUUGUCCUAGGAGCGUUCCCAGAUAGCGACGGCAAAAAUACAACAGCCAACACAUUGCUCCAGAUCAAACUAAUUCGAAGCAUAUCUUCCAUACCAAUCGAAGUAUGGUUUGAAAGAGCAGAUGAUGUCUCCGAAGAACUACAGGAAUCGAUUGCGACCUGGGGCGCCACCAUCCGUUCGUUGGACGAUAAUGCCUCAACAGCCGUGGAUGCCAUCGUACUGAGCUCCGAUGACGAAGAUGGGACACUUAGAUCACCUAAUACGCCCAUCAGCAGCACUGACAUUCAACAAUUCAAAGCCAGAGCGGACAGGAAUCUAGGUCAGCUUCAAAAGGCGCUGACAAUAGCUGCGUUGGUCAACUCUGGAUUUGAGGAUAUCAUAUAUUUUUCACCAUCGACUUUACCAAUGCAAUCGCCUAGAGUCGUUCUCCAACAUCCUGAUUAUAUUCGAACAGGAGCUGUGUUUUGGCAGCAUCCAACGUCGUUUCCAGCAGGCGACAAUCCUCUCUGGCGCAUCAUUCAAGGCAACUGCGAUCCAGCAGUUUAUGAACAAUCCUGGAGUUCAUUUGCAUUAAGGCACAGGGAUGCAUGGAAGGGACUUUACCUGGCCUGGUAUUGGCUCACUGGCGAAGAGCACAACACAUAUGAACGGAUCUUUAGCCGAAAUGGAAACGAUCUUUUGCGUGCUGCAUGGAUUGCUGUAUCUAGACCUUACACAAUCAUCGACAAGAUGCCUCACGCUGGCCUUUUGGAUCUGUCUCGUACCAAAGGUGACGGAAUGGGCUGCAGUCUUGGAUCCACCUUAUACCCAACUCCAGGGGCUGAUGUUCUUGAUAACCCUAGAAAGUACGCCGAUGAAAUGAGUAGGCAACAGAGACUUUACCAGAAAAGUUACCGGUAUGGCGACCGUGAUGGGUUCUUCAUGGAAAAUCAAAAUAUCAUGAUGGUGGACACUGGUAUGGAUAGCUUACUAACUCAUGCUGGAUCCAACGAUCGAAGCCUCCACGAAGCUCUGGAUAGUGUAUUAACUAUACGUAGAGAUCCUACACGCUUAAUCCUUACCGAUGCAUACGCUGCGGGAUUAAAAGGCCGCGUCUGCAUAAAGAUUGCUCGCAAACUUAAAGGACACACACAUGAAUAGCUGCUUAAUGAUAAAAUUAAAG